GAUAUCGUCCGAUUUUGUUUCUUCGUUACUUUCUGAAAAUGAAUAUUUCUAAAUGAAAUUUUGCAGAAAUACGUUUUCGAGAAUGUAAAUAAGAAUCAUGUUGAUAAAAUUUAGAAAAGAAUUCUUCUGAAGGAGUUUCGUCUCUCCUCUCUUCUAUCCCGAUUUUGUUGUCACUAAUUUACGUAACUUUAGCAUUUUUGACAUUUGAAACAUCAAACAUUAAGUUAUCUACACUUUCGAAAAUGCAUUCUGCAAAAUGUAAUUUUAAAAUAUACAUUUGAAGAAUUAUGAAUAAACAAAGUCAGGAAGGUAGAGAGAAAGAUCUGCUAUCGAUAUAAUCCUAAGACCCACUUUUGAAAACAGCUCUGUAAAAUUUAAUUUCAACCUAUGUAUUUUCCAAAAGUCCUGCAGAAACAAAUUCGUUCCAUAGAUUUAUAACGACGAACUCAAGGAUUUAAAAGAAAAACACUUCAAAAUCUGAACAACGCGACGAUUGUCUCCCCUUAUUAUUUUCGGUGUCAACGAAAGGCAAAUGGCAAACGCGGCAUCACCUCUGAGGACCGAAGAUCGCAAACUCCAACGUCAGGCCAUGUAUAAAGUUUCUAUGCCCCCUUGGAAAGAAACCUAUCGCAAAAAAUGUUUCGAGCGUCUGAGGUUGAGCCGAGCUAAGCUACUUGAUCGAUUCCGUCAGAUGAAAGAUGAGCCAGAGGGCGAGACAGAUGUGGAACUUAUCAAGGACAUUAUGAACAAGGAAUGGUUGAGCCUCUGGGAUGACGAAGCUGAACUGGAACGAGAGGCUAACAUUCCUCUUGAUAUUUCAUUCAUUCCUGAAGACGAAAAUGUUGAAAGAAUUCUUGAAAUAUUUGAAGAAAUUGAGGCAGAAUUGAAAGAAGAAGAACAAAAACUCCUCAGAGAACAUGACUUAUAUGAAGAAAGUUAUCUGAAUGAAGAGAAAGAACUGUGCUCAGCAUUAGAGUUGCUCACUGCUGAUGAAGUCGUUUGCCCUAUUUGUAAAAAAAAUCCUUUGAUCGAGAAUAAGGGAGUUAUUUUCUGUAAAUGUGGUCUGCGGAUUAACACAGAGCAAGAUGGCUUCAAGUUGGCUGAUGUCAAAGCUCAGCUAGACAGUGGUAUCGAAAUUCAUAACUUUACGUGUGAUGCUGAGCCAGAGUUUUCCAUGAUGUGUGUAUUAGGGACCACGAAUCUUUUCAUGACAUGCGAGGUAAGCUUACUUCCAUGAUGUUGCUCAUUGUUU